CUCGGCUGCCCCCUCGGCGGGCGGCAGAGCUUCCUCCCGUCCCCGGCCCGGCUCUCCCGGAAGUGCGGGAGCGGGCUCCACCCCCGCGGCCUCACCCGCCCCGCCUGUGUGGACAGAUGCCCGUCGCUUCACUUCUUGGAACCAAAGUUUCUGCAGAUACGGAGUGGGGCGGCUUCCGCGAGCCGGGCCUUCUUCCCUUGGUAGUUGUGAGGGCCCAGGAUGCUAUGCUAUUCUGCAUGAGCUGGUCCCCAAGUCUGUCCACUGCAGCCUGUUCUGAACCUCUAGCGACCUGGAAGCUCUGCAGUGCUCCUUGCCAAGAUGAAGUGUGUCUUGGUGGCCACGAAGGGCGCAGAGGUCCUCUUUUACUGGACAGACAAGGAGUUUGAAGAGAGUCUGCGGCUGAAGUUCAGGCAGUCAGAGAAUGAGGGAGAAGAGCUGCCUGCCCUGGAGGACCAGCUCAGCACCCUCCUGGCCCCGGUCAUCAUCUCCUCCAUGACGAUGCUGGAGAAGCUCUCAGACACGUACACCUGCUUCUCAACAGAAAAUGGCGACUAUCUCUACGUCCUUCACCUGUUCGGGGAAUGCCUGUUCGUCGCCAUCAACGGAGACCACAGUGAGGGCGAGGGGGACCUGCGGCAGAAGCUGCGUGUGCUCAAGUACCUGUUCGAGUUGCACUUCGGGCUGGUCACUGUGGACUGCCAGCUCAUCCGAAAGGAGCUGCGGCCCCCAGACGUGCUGCAGCGCAUCCAGGCGUGGGAGCGCUUCCAGGGCCUGCUGUGUACCUACGGCCGCCUGCGGGAGCGGGAGCAGUGUUUCGCUGUGGAGGCUGUGGAGCGGCUGGUUCACCCUCAGCUCUGCAAGCUGUGCAUAGAGGCGCUGGAGCGGCACGUCAUCCAGGCUGUGAACUCCAGCCCCGCCCGGGCCGGCGAGGAGGCUCUACACGCCUUCCUGCUCGUGCACUCCAAGCUGCUGGCCUUCUACUCCAGCCACAGUGCCAGCUCCCUGCGCCCAGCCGACCUCCUCGCCCUCAUCCUCCUGGUUCAGGACCUAUACCCCAGCGAGAGCACAGCAGAGGACGACAGCGACAAUGACAACGACACUCAGCCUUCCCUACGGAGGUGGAGGCGGCAGAGCAGCCAGAACAUCCCCUUGCAGCAGGCCCGGAGCCCUCGGUCCUCGGCCCCAGCCCGGAGCUCUGCAGGGACUGAGACUGACCGCUUCUCCCUCCCUGAGGAGUACUUCACCCCAGCUCCUUCCCCAGGGGAGCAGAGUUCAGGUUCAGGUAGCACCGUCUGGCUGGACGGGGGAACCCCACCCACAGAUGCUUCCGAGAUCCAGAUAGCCGAAGACACCCUGCAAACGCUGAUCCCUGACUCCCCAGCACCUUCCUGCCCCAGAAGGAUUUUCCUGGAUGCCAGUGUGAAAGACAGCUACUGCCCCAUGGUGCCCCACACCAUGUACUGCCUGCCCCUGUGGCCGGGCAUCAGCAUGGUGCUCCUGACCAAGAGCCCCAGCGCACCCCUGGCCCUGGUCGUGUACCAGCUGCUGGACGGGCUUUCCCUGCUGGAGAAGAAGCUGAAGGAGGGACAGGAGGGGCGGAGCUCGCUGCGGUCCCUCCCGCUCCUGGGGGACCUGCGCCAGAGGAUGGACAAGUUUGUCAAGAAUUACAAGGGGCAAGAGAUUCAGAGCACCUGGCAGGAGUUCAAGACCAAGGCCUUCUCCAAAAGUGAACCCGGAUCGUCCUGGGAGCUGGUCCAGGCGUGUGGGAAGCUAAAGCGGCAGCUUUGCGCCAUCUACCGUCUGAGCUUCCUGGCCACAGCUCCGGGCCGGGGCGGCCCCCAGCUGCCCCAGCACCUGCAGGACCAGGUCCAGGCGCUCAUGCAAGAGAAGCUGAUGGACUGGAAGGACUUUUUGCUGGUGAAGAGCAGGAGGAACGUCACCAUGGUGUCCUACCUGGAAGACUUCCCAGGCUUGGUGCACUUCAUCUACGUGGACCGCACGACCGGCCAGAUGGUGGCCCCUUCCCUCAGCAGCAGUGAAAGGACCUCAUCGGAGCUGGGCAGGGGGCCCCUGGCUGCCUUCAUCAGAACCAAGGUCUGGUCUCUGAUCCGGCUGGCACGCCGAUACCUGCAGAAGGGCUACACUACGCUGCUCUUCCAGGAGGGCGACUUCUACUGCUCCUACUUCCUCUGGUUCCAGAACGAGAUGGGGUACAAACUCCAGAUAAUCGAGGUGCCCGUCCUUUCCGAUGACUCGGCCCCCGUGGGCAUGCUGGGCGGAGACUACUACAGGAAGCUCCUGCGCUACUACAGCAAGGGCCACCCGGCCGAGACUGUCAGGUGCCACGAGCUGCUGGCCCUCCACCUGUCAGUCAUCCCCGUAGACGUGCUGGUGCAGCAGGCGGGCGAGCUGGCCCGGCGCCUGUGGGAGGCCUCCCGUGUGCCUCUGCUCUAGGCCGUGCCACGAACCUGUGCACCCCGGGUCUGCAGACCCACGCUCACUUGCAGGCGUUCCUCAUGGCAAGAGCCUCUUUCUGUCCGUGGAGGCCACCUGAGGAUGGGACAGUCCCCAGGGCAGCCCAAAAUUUUUCUUUUCUUUUUUGUUUUCUUCUGUUCCCUCCCUUUAGCAUUUCUUAAAGGAACUUCACCUAGAACAGCCUCUACUCCAGGCAGUGACCAAGCCCCGAGACUCCUCCGUCUUGUGGAGGAGGGCGACCGGGAGGUUGCUUCGGUCUCCCUAAAACAGCAGUGGCUGUGAGGUUCAGGGCUGCCUCUCCAUUUAUCCCCAGGAGACGGAGCAAAUCCCCAGUGUCUGCUGUGUCUGAAGACACCUGCCCCGUCCCACCCCACGCGGACGCUGCUCCGCUGGCCAGGGUUGAAUUCCAACUCUUCCACUUCCCAUCUGCAGCUCUGGGCAGGUUUUCCAAACUAAGCCUGUCUCCCCACACACAGAGUGACAACGCCUCCCUUUCCAGGUGUGUGGGGCCUGCUGGACACGGGACAGGUGCUCAAUAAAUACUGGUGCGGGCAAAAAAAAAAAAA